AUGCUUAAUUCCUUACUUAACGUAAAGAGCUAUAUUGAGGAAAAUGACACAAAUAUGCCAGAUGUUGACUGGGGCUUUGUCAACGCAUUUUUACAGACAUUCAAACCACUUGUGGAUUGUACUACUAAAUUGCAAGCAGAACAGUAUGUUAUUGGGGAUUUUUAUAGAGACUGGCUAACUUGCGAACUGGAACUACAGGAACUAAUUUCAAGCCAAUACGAUUACGCUUCGACUUUACUAAGAACGGUAAAACAGAGGAAAGCCGUGCUUUUGCAAAAUGAAGCAUUUUUAUCAGCGAUUUAUGUCGACCCUAGGUUCAAUUUUUUACAUUCGCCAUAUUUGAACCAAACUCAAAAAUACAAAGCAGUGGAACACCUUCUUAAUACAUUCGAAGCUAUUCAAGAAUUAGCUGGAAAUCCACCCAACAACGAAGAAGCGGUAUUUGAUAAUUAA